CAACCAACCAACACAAAAAUAAAAAAGCAGCUCUUAUCCUACACAAAAACAAGAUUACUACUAGUAUUCACAGUGUCUAAAAUGCACACCCCAGUGAAGAGGCCACCGUGCCUCUCCUCUCCUCCUCCUCCUCCUCCUCUCCAACAACCUCUCAGACCAAAAUUCCACUUCUCUCUCUCCACUUCCACUUCUUCUUUCCUCUUCAGUUUCAGACCCAAGCGCUUCCACUUCCUCAAACCAUGCUCUUCCCUUAAAGAAACAAAGAAACAACAACAGACCCUCCAGAAGGCUCCUAAUAACGCCCCACAGAGCCUCAGGAGGUUCUUGAAUCUGAACCCAAAGAGUGAUGGUGACGAAGGUGGGGAUAGUGGUGGUGGUGGUGAUGAUGGAGGAUUGGAAGGUGAGACUGCUGUUAAAGGUACCCUUUUGGCUGGUCUGUUGCUUGUGGGUGUUGUUGGUGGAUUUGGGGCUGUUGGGUACAUCUACAAGGACCAGAUCAAUGCCUUCUUGACGCAGUUUUCGGGUUUCAUUGAAGGUUAUGGGCCAGCUGGGUAUGCUUUAUUUGUAGCAGUGUAUGCUGGCUUAGAAAUCCUUGCAAUACCAGCUAUCCCGUUAACCAUGUCAGCUGGUCUGCUAUUUGGUUCUAUAAUUGGCACUAUCAUUGUCUCUAUCAGUGGAACGGUGGCUGCAAGUGUUGCCUUUCUAAUUGCCAGAUAUUUUGCCCGUGAUCGUAUUCUUAAAAUGGUGGAAGGAAACAAGAAAUUUCUUGCGAUUGACAAGGCAAUUGGAGAAAAUGGUUUUAGAGUUGUUACGCUUCUCCGUUUGAGCCCUUUGCUUCCUUUCUCUCUUGGAAAUUAUUUAUAUGGACUUACAUCAGUGAAGUUUGUUCCAUAUGUGUUGGGAAGUUGGCUGGGGAUGCUUCCAGGAACAUGGGCUUAUGUUAGUGCUGGUGCAUUUGGGCGAGCAAUAAUUCAAGAAGAAUCUGAUGUGGGUUUACCCGGCGGAAACAGUCAGCUAAUUACACUUGGCGUAGGACUAUUGGCAACAGCGCUGGCUGCAGCUUAUGUUACAAGGCUAGCUAAGGAUGCUGUUCAAGGUAUUGAUGAGUAGACAGAGUGGCCUAUGGCUGGGUCUGGAUUGAGCUUAGAACAAUACUGUUGAGAUUGUACAACUGACAAAUUUGUCUUACUUCAUGUAAAUGAAAUGUAAUCAAUAACCAAAUGAAAUAGGAACUGUUAAGUUUUUCUUCUUUUUGAAUUGUAUCAACACUAUGAUAUACACUGCAUAAAUAAAUUAGCAUAAUUCUACUCGAA